CUGUGGAAAGGUUCGCCUCGCCGUGCAGUUAGACAAGCGACACGUUCUGCUGGAGUUCUUCAUAGUAAAGAAGAAGCAAGCAAUUUUGGGCCUCGAGGCUAGUGAGCAACUUGGUCUGGUCAACAGAGUCAACGCGGUGGACAACAGCGACGGAUACGCAAGCCUAAAGCAGACAUAUCCAAGACUAUUCACCGGCAUUGGAAGGACGCGGCGCGAGUACAAAAUGGUGCUUCGAGAGGACGCUGUCCCCGUAGUACAGCCAACCCGGCGCGUGCCUUACGCACUCAGAAAGCCACUCAAGAAAGAGCUCGACCGGAUGUGUGCCGCGAACAUCAUUGAGAAAGUGGAAGAGCCGUCGGACUGGUAUGUUCCAGGCAGCAAAUUAGUUGUUGCUGACACCUUGUCAAGAAUCCCCGCACAGGAACACCCAGGCAAGGGCACAACAGAUGUUGAAGUUCAUGCUGUUGGCGUCCUUACUUCAAGUGUGGGUCCAGCCACCCUCUCCCGUCUGCAGGCAGCAACGGCCAGUGAUGAAACGCUGCAAGAUGUCAUUUUGAGAUUGCAGUCGUCAAUCCCACAUACAAUUUCAAGUCCGCAUUUUCCCAGAUCCAACGGACUCGCCGAGAAGGGCGUCCAAGUGAUCAAGCGCAUUCUGGACAAGACGGAGAGGAGUAAAGAGGAUUUCUACUUGGGCCUUCUGAACUACAGGGUGUGUCCUCUUGAGGAUGGCCGGUCGCCAUCAGAGCUGCUGAUGGGACGAAGUCUCAGAACGCUGCUUCCAGAUUUCUCAGUGUCACCCCCAAGGCCCGUGCGAAAACAUGUGCAAGCAAAGACCCCAAGAAGGUCACUUGCUCUAUUACAGAAGGGAGACGUCGUCCGCGUUCUCAAUGAUGGUAGAUGGGAAAUAAGAGCACAAGUCCAAGAUCUCGUGGCGCCAAGGUCGUACACCGUUCUGACAGAAGAUGGCCGGGUUUUCCGUCGAAAUAGACAACACCUCCGCAAAACGCCAGAAGCGUUCUGUCGAUUCUCCCAUUACAACGCCGACGACAGCGACGACACCUCCGAUUCAUCUACAAGUGGAGCCAUACCGCAGGGGCCAGAACCUCCGCAGGGUACGCAGGACCGACCGCCAGCCGGCACCUCAGGCUUACCGAACACUGACGACUUCUGCCGACGAUCCACUAGACAACAAAGACUACCAUCUCGCCUGACCUACACUCACGGAUUCCAGCAGAGUGAAACAGCCUAG